UAAUCAUUCAGCCCUAUGCUGCAGGCACCGGAGCGAGCUGCAAUGCCAUCAUCGCCUGGACCAGCGUCGUCUGUGCUCCCGUGCCACGUGGCUGAGAAUGGCUGCACCACUUCCGUCCGAGCGCCCUCUGACCCCGACGGUGGAGACGUCACCACGGGGCGACUCGCGUGGCGACUGGAGGGGCUCGGAUCGCUCUCGGCUCGCGUCUCCCUCCCCGUAUCUCUCCUCGCGUCCCUCCUGAGCGUCUCCCUCCCUUACCCUGCCUAUCCUUCCUCUCCUCGCUCUCUCGCGCCCUCCGCUCUCGCCGCUCUUCCGCCUCGCGUAGAGCUCCUCCCGCUGUGAGCGAGGGGCGAGCGGCGGCGAUUGAGCCAGGCAGUGACGUCGCCUCGCCACGGUGAAGAUGUUCUCCGCGUGGAAAAAGCUUCUGGGCUCGGAGCAGGGAGGAGGGGCGCGCGACCGAGGCACCCCUGCUGGCAUCCAGUCCAUGGGGCAGGCCUUGCAGCGCAAGUUCGCCAAGGGAGUGCAGUACAACAUGAAAAUCAUAAUCCGUGGCGACCGGAACACGGGCAAGACAACGCUGUGGCACCGUCUACAGGGCAAGCGCUUCCAGGAGGAGUACAUUCCCACGCAGGAGAUCCAGGCUGCCAGCAUCCAGUGGAACUACAAAGCUACGGACGAUGUUGUCAAGGUGGAGGUUUGGGAUGUCGUUGAUAAAGGGAGGAGCAGGAAGAAAGGGGACUCCCUGAAGCUGGAAAACGAGCCCCAGGAGGAUGAGCUCGCGCUGGACGCCGAGUGCAUUGAUGUUUACAAGAACUGCCACGGCGUCAUCAUGAUGUUUGACAUCACCAAGCAGUGGACCUACAGCUACGUGGAGCGGGAACUGUGCCGCGUGCCGUUGCACGUGCCGGUGAUUGUGCUGGGGAACCACCGCGACAUGGGGGAGCACCGUGUCGUGCUGCCCGACGACGUGCGCAGCCUCUUCGAGGGCCUCGACCGGCCUCCGGGUGCCUCCUACGUAAACUACGGGGAAUCAUCCAUGAAGAACGGCUUUGGGCUCAAGUUCCUGCACAAGUUCUUCAACAUCCCCUUCCUGCAGCUGCAGCGGGAGACGCUGCUGAGGCAGCUGGAGACAAACCAAUUGGACAUGGAUGCCACCAUGGAGGAGCUGUCUGUGCACAAUCAGUCGGAGGAGCAGAACUACGAAAUCUUCUUGGAGCUGCUGGAGGUGAAGGGCAGCGUCCGCGGAGCGCAGAGUCCCGUGCUGCCCAACGGCGGCGGCGGGGGCAGCAGCAGCGAGAGCCCCACGCCGUCGGCGCCCAGCCCCGUGCCCUCGGUCUCCUCCCGGCCCUCUUCAACCCCACCCGCAGCCCCCGCCCCGCCUGCCCAACCCUCCUCUCCUCCGGCCUCCGCCCAACCCGACGCUGCGGGAGCCCCCACUGCUCCUCCUGGGCCCCCCCAGGCUGAGCAGCCCAUGGCCGCCCCCCCACAGAGGAGGGGCUUCAUGGCGCGAUUCUUUGGGUCGUCGACCCCCGAUCCUGCAGCCGCAAAACCAGAGGUGGAGGUGGACACGGCCGCGAGUCGCCCCGCCGUGCAGAGCGUGGACGAGUUCGCCCCCGAGGGAACGCUCGACCGCAGCUUCCUGGAGGACGUCCUGGACAGGGGUCCCGCUCGGCCUCCAGUCCGCGCCGCCGAGGACAGCGACAGUAAUGGCGAGGGAGGAAACCCCAUGGUCGCCUCCUUCCAGGACGAGUUGGACCCCGAGGACGAGGCCCCCGUGAGCCGCGUGGCAGUCUCCCUGAAGCCUCCCCGCGCCCCCGAGCCGCUCUCCAGCGACGAGGAUGGCGCCCCUCCUGCCGCCGUCACCGUCAUGGCCGACUGGGACAUCUCAUCAGAGGAGGAAACACGGCCUGCCAAGCCUCCGCACAAGGCGCACGGCAAGGGCCACGGUGCCAAGGCAGGCGGCAACGCGCCACCCUCGGCUGCCGCCACCACCCUGGACGCGGCGGCAGAGAGGGGGCACGCCGCCGGCAGCCCGACCAUGGGAGGGCUGCCUUCCUCGGAAAAGGCCUCGGGCAAGACCGGGGGCCCGGUGUGGGUGGACAAGGCCGCCGGGGAGGAGGGCGAAGAGGAGAGCGAGACGGAAGGGCCCAUUGCUCAGCAGAUGCUCUCCUUUGUCCUGGAUGAUCCCGACUUUGAGUCAGACGAGCCGGAGAAGAGCAAGGAGCUCUUCCCAGUCCGGGAGGACGUGUCGGACCUCUCCGAUGAUGAUGCGGCGGCUCCUACCGCUGUCGCCGCUGCCGCCGCUUCUGCGGUGCCGCGUCGUGCUGCGGGGAGUCUGCCUGCUGCGCCUCCCGUCGGGAAGCUCUCCCUGGAUUUCGUUCCGCCGGCCCCGUUUACUCUGCUGAGCGAUGACGAUAAACCUGGCAGUGAUUUGUCCAAAGAGAAAAAGAAGAAGAAAAAGAAAGAAAAGGAGAAGGAGGAGGAGCGGCCGGACAAGUCGAGGAGCAAACACAAGAAGCACAAGGAGAAGGAGCGUGACAAGGAGGAGGUUGGGGGAGGAGGAGGUGGCGAUGAAAAGGAGAAGAGGAGGAAGAAAAAGAAGAAGGGUGCGGGUGCCAGUGGCGGUGGUGCUGGUGGUGGUGUCGGUGGGAGCGACCUGAACGCGCUCGAAGCUUUCCUGGGGGGCGACCCGGCCACGGGGGGCGACCCGGCCGCAGGUGGCGGGGACUACGAGGAACUGUAGGGACUGUGCCACGUGCGCCCCCCCCCCCCCGCCGCGCUCAUCCGGAGGAACCACCCCGCGUGCCGUCCGGCCACGCUGGGCCACGCUGGGCGCCCCAAUCACGGCAGCAGCACCACUGCCCCCUGUCGGACUUUCGUGAUGGCGUUACGGGGGUGUGUUGAGGGGGGGUGGGGGCGGUGUGGGGGGGGGUGCCGUUGCAAAAUGGCACGAGUUAUCGGUCCCUCUGGAGCUGAUCAUAUUCCUCGGCAAGGGCCUGGUUUUUAAAUGCACCACGGCAGAAUCAGAAUCUCUAUCCUGGAGAAAUUCGAUGGGCUAUGAAGCUUCUUUUUUUCACAGACGUCCAGACAAAGCGUGACGCCGUCUGGAGCGCAGGUAUCACGGACGCACGAUUGCAGACGGGCGCAGGGCCGGCAUGCAGCCACGCCGUGAACCCUUGGCCCUGGAUCCCCACCACGGGACAACCCAUUUGGGAACGUCUUGAGUGUUAUUUUAUUGAUGAUGAGCAGCAUCUCCACGCUGCCGGUGCAUCGCAACACUGGGAGUUUGCUGCUGCUGUCUGCACUCCCCAUUGGUGUGUGUGCACAUUGCACGGAACACAAAUCAUCACAGGUUCCAUUGAAGAGCCAGGGUUUGGCCUGGGCCCCAUGCGUUAGAUGCUAUGUCCACGAUGUGUACCGUCUUAUUUAGCAAUAGCUAGUGGAAACGGAAACAUUUUGUCUGACGCUUUAAUGGCAUUAGUUUGAAGUCUUCACUUCGUUCUGGAGAUCCAAACUGAGAUAUCACAUCAAGCUGGUAACAAGAUAAUCACUCGAAGGUGAUUCUUACUACAAUGUACAGAGUUAUGUUUGAAUAAUGAGAGACGGCUGCUAGAGCUGGUUUUAUUUUAAACGUUGGAUUUGCUUGCAUCUUGAGUUCCAUUCCGUUUGUGUAAAAAAAAAAUAGGCAAUGCAAUUUUUGUGUAAUUAGUCCUGUAAAAAUGUAACACAAAAUAGCACAGAAAUACACUGCACAGUCUGAAAAUGUAUAAACAAAUGCCGACAUGCAUACAUACUCAUGAACGACAACUACCAGACUCCCUGGUAACAGUUCUCAAGGUGUGAUUCUCAACUAUAUUUUAAUGCAACUGGUAAAGUUAUAGCACACACAUACUUUGCAUAAUUAUUUGUUUUGAUAGAGUGCCCUCUGUUACAUCGGGGCAUCUUGAAGCGCUGUAUACGCGAAAAGCAGCUUGUGUGUGCGUACGUACGUUGAACUUCUUUCGCACUAUCGCAAGUAGCCAACCGUGCUGAAGAAUAACAAACUAAACACAUGAAAGCUCGCAUCACAUCUCAUCUCAGAUAAUUAAAAUGUGGCAGCUUGUCCCUGUGUGAUACUAGAUGCGAAAAAGUUGUUCAAGUUCAAGGUGGCUCGUCUUUUAAGUGAGCAUCUGCCAGUGGGGGGGGGGGGUGCGAUGAUCGAUGAUUGCCACGUGUGUAGUCCCAACUGAGUAAUUGUGGGGUAAAAUGUUUCGAAUUCAGCAGAUUUAGGGCACCGCGUCAGUGGCGCACAACGGCCGGUCUCGUGACUGAUGGCGUGGGAUCUUUUAGGGUCCACUGGGAAGCAGACGGAGCGCAGUCUACGACCAACUCAUCCGCGGUAUUAACCAAGGUGGCCUGCCGGUCUCGAAACCACAAACCUCUUCAACGAGUGGCAAACGUCCUGUCGCUGAGCGGUGUAACUGGCUGUAUACAGCAUGAAUAGAUGCAGGCUGACGAAAGCUGCCUGGGGAGAAUUAUUGAACAGGAUCCUUGAGCAUUGAGCGCAAUGUUCUCCAGUGGGACACUAUCAAUUGUAAAUAAACGCUUAUGA